AUGUUCUCUGCAUUUGCUGCAGCUGUAAUUAUAAUCUCGUCCCAUUAUGCAAAUAGCACAAAAGAUAGAGUCUGUGAUAAUUUGAUGAUCCUGGAUGUUGCUUAUGAUGUUAAAGGGCAUCAGCUUCAUAUGCAAUGGACCUAUUCACCAUGUCCUGAAUGCAACUACAAUCACUUUAAUAUAACAGUCAUAGAUUGCAUGAAAGAGUUUGCCCUGCAAGUACUGAUACUUCCUAUUAAUAUUUCAAUAGCCUCUCUAAAUGGAAUCAAUAUAUCCAUGAAAAUAGGAAUCAGUGUUUGCUCACAAACAAAAUAUUGCUAUGGAAAUGAGUGCAGUAUUUUUGUGAAUGAUUUCCUUAGGCACAACAAUAAAAUUACAAAAACAUUACAAACUAAUGAAACUUUAUCUCUAAACUCUUCCAUAGACUAUUACGAAGACUUUAGCAAUGGUCUGGUAGCCAAUGGGAAAUUCUACAGCAUCAAUUCAUCAAUUAAACAACUAUUCAUCCAAGGUACUGAAGCUUUAGAGUACAACUUUGCACAAGUGGCAUACACAAUAUCUGUCAAUGGGGAAAAUGCCUUCAAAGAGUUUGGUAGAGACCUUACGCUUCAGGAAGUGUUCACUGGACAAAGCAUAUGCGGAAAUGGCUGGAUUCAGAGACGUGGCAUAAAAUACAGAAUCAUCAUAAAAUCUGCAAGCAAACCUGCCUUCGUUAGCAGCAUUGAAAGCAGCUCAAUUAUUUUGCCCAGUAGCACUGAUUGGAAGAUGUCAUCAAACAAUUUUCAAAUAGUUUCAAGUAGAUCUAUUUUGGUGAUCAGUUCUACAGAUCUUGUCUUGAAUAGAAAAUGUUUCUAUUCCUUUCAACAAGAAAGGUCAAAGGCAGGCAAUAUGCUGGCUGUAGUGUAUGUUGGGCUUAAAAACAAUAAGUAUUGA